AUGGACAUUAUUACGUCAGUGGCGGCGGACUCGAGCUCCAACUUCGGAGUGUCAUCACUUUCGACAACAAUCGUCACGGUCACCGUCAACUACACAAACAGCAUACCGUCUGGCGGCCCAUCCAUCAUGGCUAGUAUCGCAAACCAAGUCAUCUUCCAUCCCGUUAUUUCCAGCUCUCUGAAGGUGGGAAACACAACUGUCGGUCGUGAUAAACUUUAUCGUACCAUCCAGUAUUUUUCUCGCUUCUUAGUCUGGUAUUUCGAGAAAAACGGAUAUGAUAAACAAACGAUCAUGAGGUUCAACAACCUCAAAUCAGCACUGGGAGUUUCUCGAAAACUCAUGCGACUUGGGAAACCCUUGGAGCAUCUGCAAGCUGCGCUCAAAGUGACCAAGGAAAUCUCUGACCCGGUUGUCGGGGUCUGUGCGGUCGGUCGGCAAAUAUCAUAUGCAAUCUAUCUGUUCAAUGACAUGAUGAUCUGGGCUGACAAGAUCAAGUUUAUCACACUCGAUAAAGUCGAUCUGGCAUUGGUCAACAAGCGAGCAGCCCAAUUCUGGAUGGCUGGGAUCUCGUUAAAUGUGAUCAGUGGGAUCUACAAGCACCAACAAGUUCAAUCUAAACUUCGCAAGAUAAAACGAGCCAACAAGUCGUUCGGAGAACAUGAAAAAGAGGAAAAGAAGCACCAGAUUCAGUCCAUCUCUGCUCAAGCUUUCGCUGUACGAUUGCAAUUACUCCAAGAUUUCUGUGAUAUUCUUUCGCCUUCGUCUACGUUAGGCUAUCAUUCCCUGAACGAUGGGGUGAUUGGUGGAGCAGGAGUCAUUUCCUCAUUGCUAGGUCUCAGAUCUCAAGUGAACAAGGUCCUUGGAAGCGGAAUGUGA